CAGCAGCAGAGAAAAGUCUCUCAGUUCAGCAGCUGAUAGACGGACAGGAGAUGUUGGUUCUGGUUCUGGUUCUGGUCGUUCUUCAGUUUGAAGGAACCAGAGGAGAAGAACUUCAUCUCUAUCACAGAGAAGAAGAAAAUGUUGUUCUACCUUGUAACAGUCCUUCAUCGUUUUCCUCCUGCUCUGAUGUUAAAUGGUUUUACAAAAGAGGUAAAAACCCAAAUACUCAGGAGGAGGUUUGGAACGGAACAGAUGUUCAGAGUUCAUUUGAAGCUUACAGGUUAAAUGUGGACAGCAGCUGCUCUCUGACCAUCAACUACAUCCAUCCUGAUGAUGCUGGACUCUACAUCUGUAGAUCUGAUCCCUCCUCAGAUGGUUUUGUGUAUCUGAAUGUUUUAUCCAUUUCAUAUGAAACUUCAACAAACGAUUAUUUCACAUUGCGCUGCUCUCUGGAGAGAUUCAGUGGGUUGGAUCUUUGUCCAGAGAAAAGUUUCCGCUGGUUGGAUGAAACAGGAGCUGAACUGACUGAAGGUGUUUGGGUCGAGUCAAGAGGACCAAGAAUCUGUGAUUCCUCUCUACCUGUGAAGCAUCAGAGCGACAGAAACAGAAACUUCACCUGCCAGUUUGUUGAAGGAAACAGAGUGAAGGUUGAAACUCACUACCAACACAAACCUACAUGUAUGUUGCCUUUCGUCCACUGAGGAAAUGAGAAAACAGCAGGAAUU